GACGGCAGAAGUUCAGAACUGGGUAAGAGGAGCAGAAGUUUGCCCAGCAGAAGUUGCUCUGAAUCAGAGCUCUACAUCCACCAUGUUGCCCUGUGGACCAGCUUUGUCCUUUGUUCGGUGUCUGGUGCGGAAGAAGAACGUCACUGGUGAAAGUCUUGAGGACUCCAAGUUGUGCCGAUGCUUAUCGACGGUGGACCUUAUAGCCCUAGGAGUAGGAAGUACCCUUGGUGCUGGUGUUUAUGUCCUUGCUGGAGAAGUAGCCAAAUCCGAUUCUGGACCUAGCAUCGUCGUUUCUUUCCUCAUUGCUGCGCUGGCAUCUGUGAUGGCAGGUCUCUGCUACGCUGAGUUUGGUGCUCGCGUUCCCAAGACUGGUUCUGCGUAUUUGUACACUUACGUAACUGUCGGUGAACUGUGGGCUUUUAUCACUGGUUGGAAUCUCAUUUUAUCCUAUGUUAUAGGUACAUCAAGCGUAGCAAGAGCCUGGAGUGGCACCUUUGAUGAACUUCUUGGAAAACAAAUUGGUCAUUUCUUCAGAACCUACUUCAAAAUGAAUUACUCUGGACUAGCAGAGUAUCCUGACUUCUUUGCUGUAUUCCUUAUAUUGCUUUUAUCAGGUCUUUUAUCUUUUGGAGUAAAAGAAUCUGCAUGGGUGAAUAAAAUUUUCACUGCUAUUAACAUCUUGGUCCUACUCUUCGUUAUGAUUUCUGGUUUUGUGAAAGGAGAUGCUGACAACUGGAAAAUAAGUGAAGAAUAUCUCAUAAACCUUACUGCAAUAACAGAGAAUUGCUCAACCUAUGAGAAUGUGACAAGUUUAUAUGGGAGUGGUGGCUUUAUGCCAUAUGGUUUCACAGGAACGUUGGCUGGUGCUGCAACCUGUUUUUAUGCUUUUGUUGGAUUUGACUGCAUUGCAACAACUGGAGAAGAAGUCAAGAACCCUCAGAAAGCCAUCCCCAUAGGAAUUGUGGUGUCCCUGCUUGUCUGCUUCAUGGCCUAUUUUGGGGUUUCAGCUGCACUGACACUUAUGAUGCCAUACUAUUUACUAGAUGAGAAAAGUCCUCUGCCAGUAGCAUUUGAAUAUGUUGGAUGGGGUCCUGCGAAAUAUGUUGUAGCAGUGGGAUCUCUCUGUGCUUUGUCCACAAGUCUUCUUGGAUCCAUUUUCCCAAUGCCACGUGUAAUCUAUGCUAUGGCGAAGGAUGGGUUGCUUUUCAAAUGUCUAGCUCAAAUCAGUUCCAAAACGAAGACCCCACUAGUUGCUACUCUAUCGUCUGGUGCAGUAGCAGCUAUAAUGGCAUUUCUGUUUGACCUAAAGGCUUUAGUGGAUAUGAUGUCUAUUGGUACACUUCUUGCUUAUUCACUUGUGGCAACCUGUGUCCUCAUUCUUAGGUACCAACCCAGUUUAACCUACGAGCAACCAAAAUAUUCUCCAGAAAAAGCAGCUUUGGCUGCAUCUGAAAGGGAAUCUGCAGUAAGUGAAUCACAGAUAAAUAUGAUACAAGAGAAUCAUUUCAAUCUUCAGGCCCUGCUUAAUCCGUCCAGUUUACCUACCGAGCAGACUGCAACUACCGUUAACUUUUUAGUGGGUCUCUUGGCUUUCUUGGUUUGUGGCUUGAGUGUCCUCACUACUUACGGGAUUCAUUUCAUUGCUAACUUGGAGCCUUGGAGUAUUGGCCUUCUUGCUGUGUUGGUGGCGUCCUUCAUAGUUACCAUUCUCCUCAUCCAAAGGCAGCCUCAGAACCAGCAGAAAGUGGCGUUUAUGGUUCCACUAUUGCCAUUUUUGCCAUCAUUCAGUAUCCUGGUAAAUAUUUACUUGAUGGUACAAUUAAGUGGAGACACUUGGAUCAGAUUUAGCUUCUGGAUGGCACUUGGCUUCCUCAUUUACUUUGCUUAUGGCAUCAGACACAGUCUUGAAGGUCAUCGUAGCGAUGGAGAUGACGAUUCUUGUUCAGAAAAUAGUGGGCUGCAAGAAAAGAACCCUGUGGAAGAAGUGGAUGAACCUGAAAAUGCAAAUGAAAGUGAUCAAUUUCUUGCACAUGAGAGGACAAGUGAAUGUUAAUCUUUGCAAACAUACAAGUCUUUUAAACCUUUAAUUGACAUUUUACUUGCGGACUGAAAUUUCAAAAGCUUUCUGCCAACAUUGUGCCUCUUGAAAGUGUUUACUACAAGGCCUGGCUGAUAUUUUGGACAAGCUGCUAAUCCAUCUUCAUCAUUUCAGAACUGACAGCAUGGAGAUUAAUAUUUAAAUUAAAAAACAAACAAGAGAAGUACCCUUUGGCAAGCAAAAAUUUCAAUGCAUUGUUUGAACCAUCAUCCAAAAUCACUGGCAAUCACAAAAUACGAAGAAUUUUAGAACUGCCUGCAAGAAGUUCUGAAUAUUUGACACUGCAUUGUGAACACAAGUGCCUUUCGUACCUUCUCCUCAUCUCUGUUACAUGUUUUGGUCACAAUCUAAUAGUUCUCUUCUUUCUACAGAAGUAACUCUCAUGGGAGAUAAAUUG